GGUUAAACUUGCCAUUAUUCAUUUAUCAUGGCGGCUAACUUUCCAGUUUUAGAUUACUCAAGAUGCCUUAUCAUGAUAAGACUCUUAUCUCUUAUCACUCAAUCCUUAUUGGCCUCGGCAUCUUAUCUCAACACUAAGAUAACUUAUCAUGAUAAGAUUCUUAUCUCUUGUCCCUCGAUCAUGAUUGGCUUCGGCAUCUUAUCUCAACACCAUGUGCUCACCUUUACUUCCAACCAUAUACGAUCUGCCGCUUCACAGUCCAAGAAUGGAAAGAACAUGCAGCUCGUAGUGUUGAAAGGUUUGGCUGCUCUAAAUAUCCCACGACUUCUCUAGUAACCGUAACAAACCAUCACGUAAGCUCACAGAGAUUUCAACAACUCUCCGAACG